GUUAAACAUCCCCAGUUAUAUAUAUAUAUGUUUGUGUAUUUAUUGCGAUGUUUUGAAUUCUUCGUGUAUAGAAGCUUGCGAUAACGAGAAGUGAUUUUUCACAAAGCGAUUUUUUUUAAUCUAUUCUCAAUUAACUUGAUUAGAUGAUUUAUUUAGAUUCCCACAUACACAGGUGAAUAUAUUGUAUAUAGUAGCGCAGCUGGAGUUGUAUAAAAACUACCUCCUUCAAUAUAUGUCUAGCAUUAUCCUACCUGUCCCGAUUUUUUUAGUCAUUUUAGCAUUAUACGAAUCAGGGAUCUUUUUACGAAUAUAAUCAUUUUCAAUUGUUGCUUUAACUGACCACAUGCAGGUUUCUAGCAAUUUCGAACCUAUUACGACACUCAAUUUUGGUAGGCAAAUUUGGAAAAUUCAGAUUAAUUUGAAACUGGCUGAAACUGCAUGUACAAAAAUAUUUGACGUCGUGCGCAUAUGUUGAAUAAUGCCCGUUGAUUAAGAAUAUCCAUCAUCGAUGUCCACUUUAGACUUUAUCGUUAGACGUAAUUUUUUCUUUGUUUGCAAGAUGAAAAGACCACCACAACUGGAAUGAGCAUGCAAUGCUCGAAUUUCAUAAUGCAAAAAAUUCGGCCUUUGGGGAAAGUUUUGUUGACAAAUUUACAAACAUUUGGUAUGUCUGUUGGUAUGGGCGGCGUCUGAGGCUUUGACUAAACGCGCUUUUUAAAGCUUUUGAAAAUGCUGCUUUAGCUACGUAUUUUUAAGUAAGCUGUAUCGAACGACGUAUCUGAACAAUUUUGCGCUUUUGUUGUAGCGUGAAAGGAAAUUUACUUUAUUGAAUAUGACAAACCUUCAAAAGGCAGAGGUUUUUAACAGGUACUGAGUAAUGAAUGUUUUCUGGAAUUCACAUUUUAAUGUCUAAAUAAGAAGACUUUGUUGAAUGGGUUGAUGUAUAAUCUUCCCUAUAAUUUUAGAAGUUUUCUUAAAUAGUUUUUUAACCAUUCCAUGAGGUUUCAUUAAAGGAUUCACAUCUGCCAUUUUUACGAUGAAAAAGUCCGAUUUUCUUUUUAUGCGCAAUACCACGCGUCUUAGACUUAGGUGUUCUCGUGAGUCGUGACCUCUUGGUAAAAUUCGUCGCCAAAAUAUAAUAAAAUUAGAUGUGACUUUUAGAGUGACAACAUGGAUGCAAGUCGUGAUAUCUUGGGAACAUUCAAGACGGACUAAAAUUGACACUGAUUUGUAAUUUGUAAUCUCAUGUAUGUAAUUGCAACGUUGGAUUCGACCAUUUAUACGAUAAGUGCUGAGACUGCUACUACUAAAAACUGCUAGUACUGUUAAUCCUAAUCUGUUGAGGAUUUAAAAUUCACGUGGAUCAUUCAUAUAAUGAUAACUAAAUCAUUUAAACUUUUUGAAAGCUGUCGUGAACAACUUUUGACCGAUGGUAUUUUGCCUUAAAUUUUAAUCACAUCACGUGAUCGCCGGCCCAUGCCCUAUUGAGAGGAAUCUUUUAUCAUACAUUCGGAUCACCUUUCUCGAGAUGUUAAUUGCCAUACUGGUCUCUAAUUAACAUGGGCAUAAAAAUACUCGAGAAGGUCGAGUGUUUAAGCUAGUUUUAGAGUCCAGCGCAAGCGUUGUGAUUCCACACUAGUAAGUAAGUGGUGUGUGAAUCAUCUCUACUUUAUGAUAUAAGAUCCUAACCCACGCUGACAACUUUACUCGCAUAAAGGAUAAAAGGUAAAAUUGACAAAUUUGACCGAAAAAAACGCAUACAACUUUUGUUGCUGCAACGGCAUUGGCUCUCGACAUAAUAUGAGUUUUUGCCAAACUAAAUGACGCCCUAAGCGGGCAUAUAUAAGCCCGUUCCAACGUCUACGCCACAGAUGCGUAGAAAAAGCUAAGUGUUCGUUGACGACUGGGUGAUCGCGAUAUUGAUGGCUGUCAAUAUCGAUAUUUGUUAUGCCAGCGCAGUUCAAUGAAUACCGUUAUAUGCCAGUACUUCCACCAAUCACAAGCGUCCGUCGGUAAUUUAAAACAGGUGAAAGCGCUCAAAAUCGAACGGUAGUUUUAACACUACUUGUCCCAUAACAACAUUCCAGCUCUGUGACAUCACUUUACAAAUCGAGCGUGGAAAAUAAUCGCGAUCGCAAUCUCGCGAUAAAUUGAUAAAAUUUCCUCGAUUUUUACUCGAACCGCCCAAGGAAUUUUGAUUCGUCGUACUGCUACUUCGAUGAACUCUUAAAUUGUAACAUGGCUCGGCGUUCGGCGCCAAAAUUUUGUUUCUUGUUGCUGUGGUUUGCGAUAUAUAUUCCGGCACAGACGGGUGGCCAAGAUGGUCGGGGAGGUAAGGUAUUGGAGGAUCCAUUAUCGUCUGUCGAAAGUAUAAAAAGUGGUAAUAGAGUUAAAAGAUCAUUAAGUGGUGAAGAUGAUGAUAGCCUGAAUUCAGCUCAAGAAAAUGAUGAACUUUUAAAGUUAUUUUCUCGCAAGGCAUCAGCGAGGGACGCACAAAGACGCGAUGUGCAAAACACUGACUCUGAACGCGAUAACAUUCCGGGCGAUUUGUAUCCGGAGACCGCGAUGCAUAAUCUGGAACAAACGUCCGAUAAAAUCAAGUCUGAUAUGUUCGAGAAGAAGUCUGAAAUUCCUAAGGGAACAGUAGAGCGCGUGAGUGACACGCGGGACAAAGCUGUUUAUAACAUAGGUCAGGAUGUAUCACUUGAGAUACCGCUGACUACCAAUAUUGAUCAGCCUCGUGUCGAGGAACUCACUAAGCGUGAUAUCGUUCCUCAUCAGGGAGAAUCUAAAUUGAAAAGUGAGGUCAAAGAUGGGUCUAGCAGUGAAUCCAGUCAGGAUAAGGUGGGACACAAAGUACGAAAUGCUAACCGUCGUGACGAAGUUCCACUUUCUGGUCGCAAUUUUUUCCACAAUUCUCUGGAUGACGCCUCCGACGAAGAUUUUCGAGUUCGAGAUAAAUCUGCUGAUCUUGAAAUUCACGCUGAUUCGUCUGGGGUGAGAGUGAAGGCUAAACCCGCCUCCCUGCAGGUUGUGUCAAACCCUCAUGGCGACGUGAAAACCCUUCCGGGUGAGACUCAUUCUGAAGGUAUGGUUGCUGAGCGAAGAACUUUUACCCCUGUUCUACCCGCCGAAAAACGCAGCCAUCAUCAUCUCCACGGGCUAGGACCCCGGCCACUCACCCACCUACCCUUUUUGAGACAUCAUCACCGUUUCCAUCGCCUGCAUCAUCAUCGGUUGCCAUGGUUACGCCAUCGCCAGCACAUCAACUACCCGGAUAUAUUUGAACGCAUGAGAUUCAAUUCAUUGCCGGAAGCGCCCAGUCCCUUCGGUUCACCAUUUGGCGCGCCUCUUUCUGUUGCACCUCCUAUGGCAUCGAUGAUGAAUUCCCCUCCACCCAUGAUGUCUGGGAUCUCCCCUAGCAUGUCACUCAUGGGAAGUGGGGGCAUGGGUGCCCCUUUUAUACCGCAAUUGCUUCAACGAGCACCAACGAUGGAAGCAAAUCCUGCAAAUCGUUUUGGUGUGCCAGAGAGUCCGAGAGGAGAAAUGUCUCCAAUGGAAGAUACUUCUUCUAGGGGAAUGUCACCUAUGAGUAGAAUGAGUCCAUUUACAGACAUGUCCCCUAUGGUUAGAAUGGGUCCGAUGGGGGAUAUGACUGCGAUGGGAGCAAUGAAUCCUCCCCUAGGCGAUAUGUCCCCGAUUAGUAAAAUGAAUGCUAUGGGAGAUAUGCCCCUUAUGGAUAGAAUGGGCCCUAUGGGUGGAAUGUCACCCAUGGGCAGAAUGGGACAAAUGGACUCAAUGAUGGGUUCGAUGUCCCCGAGUGCUCCAUUCGGUCAAAGCGAAAUGCGACGUAAGAAUGCUUUGGAAUUUUGGGGCUUGCCAAACCGGGAUCAGAUCCGAGCUCUGGUACGUGGCGAAAAUGUUCAGAAAGUCUUGGGAAGUAAUAGAUAUGGCGAGAGCCUUGGUGGAAUAACACCGAGUAUGAAUUUUCCCGGAGGUAUGAAUCCAGGUAUGGGCGGGCCAAGUUUCAACGCGAACGGUAUGGGUGACAGUGGCAUGAUGGGGCCGUUUGGUGGCACUAGCUCCGCAAUGUUUAAUGGGAUGCCUGGUCGAAUGAACACGGGUAUGAGAAGGAAUAUGCUUUACAAGAAAGACGAUAUCAAUAAAACUGAUGCCUAUAAGAAAUCAAUGAAACUCAAGAAGUCGAAGGCAGUCAGCGAUACUACCAAAAGCGGGCAUGAGAAAUUUGAGGAUGGGAUUUUAAAGAAGGCUAAAAGUUUGGUUGCUGGUCAGAAGCAUAUAGCUAAGAAUGAGGAGACUGAAUUACAUCGAGAACAUCGGAUCAGGAAGUCAUCGAAAUUGGCACAUGAUGAAGAAAAACGGUCACUUGAUAAGACCCACGCUAAGAAAACAACCACCAAACAUCAGAAAACCAAAAACGUCAAAGGCUCCAAAAAGGACGUAGCUGUCCAACGUCCUCCGAUAAUCUACCAUCCACCACCGGAAGUUUUUCACCGUCCCGAUAUUGUUCUCCAUCGACCACCGGUGCUCUUCCACAGACCACCAAUAGUCUAUCAUCAGGCUCCUGUUGUUGUGCAUAGGCCGGCGGUCGUGUAUCGACAAAGCCCAAUCAUUUUCCAUCAACCUCACCCCAUGGUUAGUCAACCUUACUACAGAGCGUGGGAUAACUUCCAGAUGAACCCAGCCUACUCCCAUGUCGGUACUCACUCCGCGAUGGCGUAUAAUUAUGUGGGUAUCCCCCCUGAAAUGACUGGCUACAAAAAGGGGGAGGUACCCUCGAAGCCAAAUAAGGCAGGGAAGAAGGCUGAAGAGAGUGGGGAGAAGGAAAGUAAAAGGGCGGGAAUUCCUCAUCCAAAAGAUGCGAAGAAAAGCAAUGUUGAGAAGAAAGAUAAGGUGGAUCAAAAGAAAAAGAAAGAUGUUGUAGUUAAUCGUCCUCCGAUUAUAUACCAUCCUCCACCGGAAGUCUACCAUCGGCCCGAGAUCGUAGUUCAUCGUGCACCCCUGCUCAUAAGGCGCCCACCAAUCAUCUAUCACCAGCCAGCGGUCAUCGUUCAUAGACCUCCUGUUGUCUACCAUCAACCUCCUCUGAUUUUCCAUCAACCUGCACCGACAGUCAAUCAACCUGUGCUAUACUCCCAUGAUAACUUUGUCGUCCAUCCGUCAUUCUUCGCGACACACCAUGGUUCCAUUGUUAGCGAUGCUGGUCAGCUUCUUGGCAUGCCAAACACGGUGUCGGUACCAGAUACCGGAGGUUUUCCCUUCGAGCCAACUCCCGGGUUAGCCCCUGGUAUGGGUAUGCUUGGUGGAGGUAUGGGUAUGCCUGGAGGAGGUAUGGGUAUGCCUGGAGGUGGUAUGGGUAUGCCACCCAUCGCCCCGAUGGGAAGGCGGAAGAGAUCUUUACACCACAAGAAGAAGAGAAAGCAUGAAAACGCCAGACGAAAAAAUAUGGUGAUGGUCAAGCGUCCACCCAUUGUUUACCAUCCCCCUCCUGAAGUUUAUCACCGACCCGAUAUCGUGGUACAUCGAGCACCCGUUGUUAUCCACCGUAGUCCAAUUAUUUACCAUCAAUCUCCAGUUGUAGUACACAGGCCGGCUGUUGUUUAUCACCAGCCUCCUGUCAUGUUUCAUCAACCGGUCCCCAUGGUCACGCAACCCACAUUUACAUCGCAUGAUUUAUAUACCCCACAUCACAAACUGACCUUUACUGGGAGUACCGCCCCCAGUCCAGUAUACUCGAGUGUUGCAUUAGUGUCCACCAGCCCCUCUCAAAAAUCAUCUAUCAGGAAACAUAAAAAGUCAAAUCCGGAGGACGUUUCAGAUUCCGAGAAUGUUUCUAAGAAAAGUGGAGUGAAGUCGCAUUCGGAAAAUGAAAAAGUAAAGAGCCACCAAUCUAAGAACAGAGGCCAGAAACGUCUUACGAAAAAGGCUAGCAUUAAUGAUCAUAUCCAGAAAAUGUUCACAGAAGAUGAUGCCAAAAAGUUGGCUGCAUUUUUCUCGCUUCGAUCUUUGGAAACCGUCUCCGCUGCACAAGUUUUGUCGAUUAUCAACGACAGAAAACCUGACAAAGAUGACAUAGAACCAAUUGUAAAAGAUAAUAAACUUAAAGCUAUUACCGUCGAGCAGCUGGGGGCGAUAGAAAAUUUUCUGAACAAGAACGAAGUCGAAGCUAAGAAACUAAGUGAUUUCUUAAAAGAACCAUCCGUUGUGGAGUUAUCGGUAAAACAAUUGGGAAAGAAGUUGGACGAUUUUGUGAAGCGUUUAAGGCGAAGUCACGAGAAUGAAGUGGGGUCGAAAAAGGGCGAGAUUUUGAGAGGACGGGAGGAAAAAGCAUCCAAAAAGAAUGCAGUUUUGGUGAAACGACCUCCGAUAAUCUAUCACCCACCUCCCGAAGUAUAUCAUCGCCCUGACAUUGUAGUACAUCGGGCUCCUCUCGUGAUCCACCGUAGUCCAAUCAUCUAUCAUCAAGCUCCUGUCGUUGUGCACAGGCCAGCGGUAGUGUAUCACCAACCUCCUGUCUUGUUUCACCAGCCACCUCCUGUAGUGAACCAACCUGUCCUUACUUCACAUGAUGUGUACCAUGAAACACCUACGUUGACUCACAGCAGUAGCAGUGUAGUUUCACAUGGUGCUUACUUUGGAUUACCUGGCGAGAUAAUGGAGCAGCAUCCUUACGGCAAAUCUAAAGUCCCUCGCAGGAAACACAACAAGAAAACUCGCCGAGCUAUCGUGAAGGAAAACGACGAUGAAACUAAACAGUCCACGAACGGCGAUGCUGUGGAGAAAGGCGAAAAGGCGUCGAAAAAAGAUGCCAUAACAAAUAAAGAUGGAACAGAAAAAGCAUCUAAGAAGAAUGCGGUUUUAGUAAAACGUCCUCCAAUUAUUUAUCAUCCUCCACCAGAAGUUUAUCAUCGGCCCGACAUCGUCGUACACCGUGCUCCAAUUGUGAUUCAUCGUGCGCCCCUCGUCUACCAUCAAGCUCCCGUCAUUGUGCAUAGACCCGCAGUGGUGUAUCAUCAACCAGCGGUUAUAUUUCACCAACCUCCUCCCAUGGUACAUCAACCUAUGUUUACAUCUCAUGAUUCGUUCACAACUCACAACACCUUAUCCCUUGGGGGCAGCACCACGCAAAAGGUCGGAGACUUUGAAGGUCCACCCCCGGAGAUGUUUGCCACCAGGAAAGGAGAUGUGCCUAAAGACGUGAAAGGCACUAGUCGUGAUUCGAUCCCAAAAUCAAAGGUUACGAAGGGCAAUCCUCAACAUCCUCAAGAACGAACAGUAAAAGAAGAGGAGAGUAAACACGGGGGCAAAGAUAAACACUCGCACCGCCGAUCACAUCUUCGAAAGCUAAUUCUCUCCCUACAGAAGGACCAUACUCACGAGAAGAAAGGUUUGCAAGUGGCCGCAGGUACCCCGUUGGUCCUCCAAAGACCUCCAUUAAUCUUAUCGCGCCCCGCUGUUAUGGCUCCUGCUUUCGGUCACUCCAUAGUAGCACCAAUUUCGCAACCUCUAAUUCAACGAGUCGUUCAGCCUGUUCCUGUGUACCAACCCGUGCUUCGACAGGUCCCUGUCCCAGUGAUCAGACCUGUACCAGUACCAGUUGUCUACCAUCACCACCAUUGGCCAGUGCACUUUCACCAUCAUCACAUACAACCCGUAGCUGCACCACUACCACACUACACGUCUUUUUCUUACCACCCGUACUCGUAUGGUAAAUCAGAUGUACCACAUCAUAAAAAGGAUACCAUACAUAUUCAUGACUAUGGUGUUCCAGCACAUGGUCAUGUUGCGCAUGUAAAUGGUAACAGCCAUGUUGUCACUCAUCAUGGUUAUGCUACCCGUCAUGCGGAUUGUCCUAGCCAUUGUGGAACUUGCAAGCCACCAAAUUGUCCUUCAGACUGUAAACCCCACUGUAUCGCAAUAAUUCACCAUCAACAUCACCGUCCUCAUCAUGUGUUUGUGAACCACCAGCACCAUCAUAAUAUUGCACAGACGCAUUUCCAUAAUCAUCACUGGCCAGUACAUCACCAUGAUGUGUACCAUAACCACCCGUACCUUCCCAAUCGACAUAUUGGUUAUCCAGUUCACACCUACCCUCCCUACCAUCAUCAUGGUCGCAGAAACGCUGAUGAUGACCAAAGACAAACUGUACCACAUUACAAAGUGUACCAGCAUGUCAAACACUGGCACCCACCAUGCAUUCACCAUAGUAAAACGUGUCACCAUCACCACCACCCUAUGACAGUUUAUCAUGGCCAUCAACAUCCUACAAAAGUUCUACAUCACCACCACUAUCGUCCGUACCCAGUUUACCACCACCACGAGCAUAUUAAACCAGUAAUUUAUCACCACGUGAAACCUUAUCCCAUUCAUCAUCAUCAUGCUCACCAAAUCCAUGAUACCUGGCACCAUGACACCCACCACCACACUGUGUCACCUCCGGUACCAUACCCGAUUCCAGUUACAAUCCCUACCCCGAUUGAGGUACCAGUGCCAGUUACAUCAACAAUUCCAAUGCCAAUGUUCCCCCAAGGUCCUAACAGUGGUCCCGUCCCUGUAAUGCUACCGUGGACACCAAACUACGGUAGUGCUCACCACAGUAUUAUGGGACGCUCAAAUGUGCCACACCAUGAACAAGAAAAAGAAGCCAGGAAAACUGAAACGAGCGAACUACACAGAAAAACUAAAAAGUCAGAAACAUCCAAACCUGAAAAGGAGACUAAAAAGUCACAAACACGUAAAAAGAAAAAGGAUGUUGUAGUAAAUCGCCCUCCGAUAAUUUAUCAUCCUCCUCCCGAGGUUUAUCACAGACCGGAGAUUGUGGUUCACCGAGCCCCGGUCCUGAUUCAUCGUCCACCAAUCGUUUAUCACCAACCGGCGGUUAUCGUUCACAGACCUCCAGUUGUUUACCACCAAAGUCCUGUAGUUUUUCAUCAGCCCGCACCGACCGUUAAUCAGCCAGUUCUCUACUCCCACGACAACUUUGUUGUCCAUCCUUCUAUGUUCGCGAGCCACGCGGGAACGAUGGUUGAAAGUGCUGGUCACUUUUUGGGCCUCCCUAGCGGCCCGAUCACUAAUUACCCUGGACCACUGCCUGGUUUUGGAGGCCCUCAAGGUUUCGGAAUGGCACCGUACGCUACGCCAUUCGGAAGGAAACGACGCAGCGCAAAGGGGAACGAGAGUCCUCAGAAAAAGGAGGACAAUUCCCCUAAACAGGACAACAAUUCUGAGAAAGGAAAGGAAAGUUCUGAAAAAGACUCUAAUUCCAAAAAAGCAAACAGAAAGAACGCCAUCGUGGUACAUAGACCUCCAGUAAUUUACCAUCCUCCACCAGAAAUCUACCACCGCCCAAGAGUUGUAGUACAUCGUCCAGAUGUUCUAAUACACCGCCCACCAAUCGUUGUUCAUCAAAGCCCCGUGGUUCUACACCGACCUCCCGUUGUUUAUCACCAAACUCCUCUUAUUUUCCAUCAACCGCCACCGAUGAUUAACCAACCGGUGUACCAUUCUCAUGAUGCUUACAUGCCACACCCAGUAUUCAACCAUUAUGAUUCACAAGUCCACCAUAUGGGUUCCUAUCAAGGUAUCCCACCCUAUAGUUAUGGGUAUCAUGGUUUUGGUGGUGGGUACCAUGGUUUUGGUGGUGGGUACCAUGGAUCUGCCGGUGGUUUCCUGGGAAUGCAUGGUGGCUUUGGUGGUUAUCCAGGCUUACACGGGGGUAUUGGAGAUUUUCAUGGUGGAUUCGGAGGCUUCCACGGGCCUUUUGCUCCAGGCUUUGGUCGCUCUAAGAUUGAAAAACCGAAACAAAAGAAGAAAAUAAAAACGGAUAAAGAUAGCAAGAAAGUGAAAAAACAUAAAAAGGAAAAAACACAUAAAAAAUCUACCACCAAAAGUGAGCAAGCAAAACGCAAGCAUUCAGUGAUGGUUCAUAGACCACCAGUUAUAUUUCACCCCCCACCAGAAGUUUACCACAGACCAGCGUAUGUGAUUCAUCAGCCUGAUAUAGUCAUACACAGACCUUCGACUGUGUACCAUCAGUCACCUGUGGUCGUCCAUCAUCCACCAAUAGCGUACCACCAGCCACCUGUCGUUGUACAUCAGCCUCCUCCGGUCAUGGUACAACCCACCUACCACCAUCACCAAUUCUUCCAUGAGUGCGGCGGUCAUGGUUGUUAUGGUGGUGGCCCUCACCUGUAUGGUAGAUUCGGCGGCUAUGGUGGCUGCUUUGGUCGUUGUGGUGGAUUUGGGGGAUUUGGUGGUUUUGGCCAUGGUUGUUGUGGUGGAUUUGGUGGGGGGUUCCAUGGUGGAAAUCCCUUCCUCUACCAAAUCCAGUCCAGUGUUCCAAAGCAUAGCCGCUCCAAGGAGCAUACCACAGAACACAAGCAUGGCAAUCUGGAUUCCGACGAGUCAACGAAACAUCACAAAAACGAGCAUAAAACUUCAAGCGAUAAAUCAAAGGCGCCAAAGAGCCAUCACGAGGUAAAGGAGAAGAAGGGGUCGAAAAAGAACAACAUUGUAAUACAUCGUCCUCCCUUGGUUUACCAUCCCCCUCCAGAGAUUUACCAUAGACCGGAUAUUAUUUUACAUCGACCCGAUGUUUUGGUGCACCGUCCAUCCAUUGUGUACGACCAACCAUCUGUGGUCCUCCACCGUCCUGCUGUGAUCUACCACGAACCUGACGUUGUUUUUCACCAACCACCUCCCCUAGUUAACCUUCCCAUUUACCAUGCAAGUGAUAUGUACGCGCCACACCCUGUAUACACCGAAGCUGGCUCAGAGGUUGGCUUCGAUCAUAAUGUACAAGGUGUUCCACCGCAUUUUAGCUAUGGGGCAUUUGGGGUGUCUCACGCGUUUGGCAAAUCGAAAAUCGAGCGGAGUAAAGUUAAACAGGGAGCUCAAAGUGAUGGAGAUGAUUCCGGAGAUAAGAAGAACGGACGGAAGUCUGAAAAAGGAAAUGACAAAGAAAGUGAGGAUGAUGUUGCUGAAGAGAAGACGGCAGAUGAUACAAAAACAAAGGACAAUUCUGCGAAACUUUCUAAAACCAAGGGAACUGACAAGGAAAAACACCAGUCAAGCCACCAUUCAAAGCAGAAAACUAAAACUACUAAAGCCCACAAAAAGUACCAUCUCAUUAUGCACCGUCCACCCAUGAUAUAUCAUUCCUCGCCAACAAUAUACCAUCGUCCAGACGUCGUAGUUCAUCACCCUGACAUCGUAAUUCAUCGGCCAAGCGUCGUAAUUCAGCCGCCCUCUGUCGUCGUUCAUAAACCUGCUGUCGUAUAUCAUCAACCACCUGUGGUGUUUCAUCAACCUGAGCCUGCGAUAAAUCAACCGGUAUAUCAUUCCGAAGAUGCAUAUGCGGCUCACCCAGUGUAUUCCCACGUUGGCAGUGAUUUUGAGUACGGAGGCAGUUACCUCGCGCAUCCGGGUUUAGGCCAUGGUUACGGUGCAGGCUAUCACGAUGGUUUCAGUGGGUUUGGUUUCCAUGGUCACGGAGAUGGACACGCGUUCCCAGGUUUCGGAAAAUCAAAAAUUCAAAAAGCGAAGGACGCAAAAACGGAGGAAAAGGAUGAAGGGGCAGACACGAAAGAGGAUGAACCCGAAAAACAUAAACAUGAUGAAACGAAACACGAUAAAUCUAAAGACGAGAAGGAACACGAACACGCAAAACGCGACACACAUGCCACAAACACGAAACGCGUACAACUUCCUCGCGCACAAAAAGAGAAAACUGAAACUGGGACAAAGAAAAACGCAAUUGUGGUCCGACGUCCUCCAAUAAUCUAUCAUCCACCUCCUGAAGUGUAUCAUCGGCCUGACAUCGUGGUACACCGUGCUCCAAUCGUAAUUCAACGUGCACCUCUUGUGUAUCAUCAAAGUCCUGUGAUCGUUCAUAGGCCUGCGGUCGUCUAUCAUCAACCAGCAGUCGUGUUUCAUCAGCCUGCGCCCGCGGUACACCAACCCGUAUUCCAUUCUGUAGAUACGUUUAGUGUCCACCCUCAUCUCUCGUUUUCACAAGCUGGAAGUAAUGUGCAUCAGGUUGGGGAAUAUGUCGGUGUACCCCAAGAAGUUAUGCAUCGCUCCACUGUUCCAACCUCGACUGUUAGCCACAAGGAUACAGCGAAUGCCCCUACUGAUUUACCUCAUCCUAAAGAAAGGAGGGCUACUAUGGAGCAGCACGUCACACCGAUAACCCCGCUCAACUAUAUUCAACCCCGUCAUCCGUUAUUUGAAACACUUCGCUCCAGUAUACCAUACCCAACACUACACCCUCACUCACUCUCGUAUUCUUCAUUCCCCUGGGGAUUUCCCCCAAGGUCAAAGAGAUCUGUAGCACCCCACCCGUAUUUACAUCCAGAACUUUCGACAAUGGUUCCUCACGAUCUAUACCCACUCCCGUACUCCCCAUUUUACCAUCCAUCUCCGCUACAACGGCCUCAUGUGAAUGUCAACAUUGAAACUGUGAAAUCCAAUGUCCCAAAAGCCGGGAGUCGUAAACGAAGGCAGUCUAUGUUGGAUCCAUCGUUGCAAUUGCCCAACCCUGCUCCGAUCCAAACAGAGGCAAUCCAUUAUGGGCAUCUGGGGUCAUAUCCGGUUUUGCCAAGACCCCACGUAAACGUCAACGUCGAGACUAUAAAAUCAUCAGUUCCUCGCAGCAGACGACAAGUGCUUGCUGGUUUACCGACUACGCAGACUGCAGCUUUUGCGCCUCAGACAUACUCCCAAUCUGUCGUCCCUGUUGCCCCUGCGUCAUUGCCAAAUCCCCCGGAAGAGCAGUUAGGGGUGUACAGAGAUCUUCUUGGAGCUAUAUAUCCCAGGGGGGUGCACAGACGUCCAAAAGUGAAUAUUGUGGUGCAGACAGCAAAGUCGACCAUCCCCACUGUACAAAACGUGAAGAAAUCGGUCCUUCCCGGUCCUCUUCGCAAAGAAAACGUUGACGCAUUUAACACUAUGCCGGAAGUGACGACUAUUGAGCCACCGUUGCUAAGAGAUGGUGUUCGCGUCAAUAUGGUUGACCUGGGUGACCCCACAACCGAUGCCAGUCCCUCCUCUUCCUCAAAUCUUGCGCCAAACUUACAACCAUCGUAUAGUAAUAUGAACAUGCAAAAUUUUGGAAUGAGCGCUAUGGGACUGGGGGCCCAGGGAAAUUACGGUAUGGACAAGUGGAAAAAGUUUACCGUUCCUAGACCUAGUCGAUUGUGGCAUGACGUGAAUGCCGAUAAGAAGUCGGCCGUUCCAAGCGUUCAUCGAGAGGCUCCGGGUAAAAAGCGGUUUACGAUUAAUGAGCUUCAGAGUGGUAUCCAAAAUCCUGGACAGUCGCCCGAGUAUCAGUCAGGAUUUGAACCGUACGGUUCUAUACCACCAACAGCAGGUUAUUCCCCGCCAUCAGGCUACGCAACAGGACCCCAGGUCUUGGGACCUCAAACUGACGGUGUUGAAAACCAGGGACAGCCUGAGUCCGCAAACCUUAUAAACCAGAACAGCGGCAUUCCUCAAACUGGGCGACCGAAUGUAAAUGUCAAUGUUGAGACGUAUAAGAAACAUACGCUGGGAUCAACUUCCUUGCCAAACAAGCGACAAAUCAUAGGAACCUUGCCUCUAACCUCUCUAUUUCGACCUAACCCUGAUACAACCAAGGCCUCUUUAAAGACUCUAAUACCAAGUACGAACAUUCAACAUAGAAACAACCCUCAGCUCAUGGAGAAACGACAGCAAAUCAUACGCAGAGUACCGUUAGCUCAGGCUAUACCAACAGUCAGACAUCGCGUCGAGAACGCGCGUGCCUCACCGGAAAGUUCAACGCGAGGUUAUGCGGCAUUUCCUGUUCAAGAUACCCAAGCGCCUGCGCCAAGGACCUUUCCGUAUCAAGCCCUUCAAACCGCAACACACCCGCAGUUGACCACCCCCCGUCCCGGGGCUUACGUGCAACCAACAGUGACUGAGGCCCCCUUACCCCCGACCCAACCUUCCUCCUCUUAUCUCUCUACACUCUACCCUUGGGGCACCCGCAGACAUGUCAACAUCAAUAUUGAAACAGCCAAAUCAAAAAUCCCAUCCAUGUCAAAUGGCCCCUCAAGCAAAAUAAUAACUCCACGAUUUAAACGAGAGUUCCCAGUGCUGUACAACAUCAUCAAGGCCAAAGCUGAAUUGGAUGCAGCCAAAAAGGACGGUAAGGGACGACGAAAUAAACGGCAAAUUCCGAUGUUUUCUGGUGGAUUUCUGCAGAGUUUAAUCCCGGAUGCGAACCUUCUUGCAAAACGUGCUUUCUAUGGAAGCGUCCCAAGGUAUCCAAUAAAUCCAGCAUUGCUUUUUCCGAGGGCCUCACGACCACGACCCGAGAAGCAGUCGAUGGGAACCAUUGAAGUAGGAGGACGGAGUGCAGGCUCGCCACUCUCAGGGGCCGCAAGGCUACUGAAGAACGAGUUUUCUCAGAGUUUCGACGACAUUGCUAAAAUACAACGUCAAGAAGUGAAUGCUAUAAAAGGCAUGAAUAUGGGUGGUCAGGCGCCUUCACCUUCCGUCAUGAAUAUCCCAGAGCAGACCUCCCCGGGUGCUGAGGUUGUCUCAGACCCUGAACAAGGCGCCACACCAGGAAUGUUGUCUGCUGCUCCCGGGAAUGCCGAAGCGUCAGCGGUACCAAUGCAAGCGCAGGCGCAACAGCAACCCGAAGUACUUCCUGCCUCCCCACAGCAAACAAUGGCGACAUUUGCAGCUGCACCUCAAGUAUUACCUGCCGCUGGCCAACAGUUGCCUGCUCAAUUCACGCAGCAAGCACCAAUGGAGAUCGCGCCUGGUUUUGUCAGAGGUAAACCCCAGCCUGCGAUUCAAGGCCAAACGAUUCAAGGCCAAACGAUUCAAGCGCCGCAGGCACCUGAGCCAGCGAUGCAGGCAACCGAGCCUGCGAUACAAGCAGCAGGAUCAGCUGUUUCUAAGAAGAGCCCAUUCAUGGUAGUAAAUCCUGAACAACUUCCCUCAGGUUUUCAACCACAGUUUCCGAUUCCCGGUCUUCAGUUUCCAAUGUUAGCACCGGCAGAAUUGCCCCCGCAGGCAGGACUUCCUCCACAACCGGAAUAUCUCCCCCAACCAGAAUUAAUCUCACAGCCUGUUUCACUGCCGCCUGCGGAAAUACCCGCGGCAGUACCAUACCCUCGACCAUUCCUAAAUCCCAUCCCUCAACCGCAGGAUGAUUCUGACAGGCCUUCAAUUAACAUCCAAGUUCAGACGUCAAAAUCCAAAAUUCCAAAACUUAAGGCUAAGAAAGUGAAGGAUGCAAAGAAUAAAAAAAAGAAGACACAUUAGUUAGUGAAUGAUAAAGUUUUUUUACCAAAAAAAAGUAUGGUUGUUGAUAGAACUGCGGAAGAAGCCGAGAGUAUAAAAGGAUGCGAAAGAAUUAAUAAAUAACAAUCUGCAAUGACUUUGUAUACAACUUUCAUGUAAAUAUGUUAUUACAUGUAUGAUACGAAACCUUUUGUAGGUGACAAAGUAGCCAAGGGACCCUUUAAAGGGCAUCGUCAAUAAUCUAGGUUCAUGUACAGCAAAGUACUCCGAAACAUUGCUUUGCUGCAGGGAUCUGAUAUUUACGAUGAAGUUGCCGCUCAUAAAAAUCUACAACUCCUGCGGAGGUGUUUAAUAUAUAGAAUUAUUCAAUUUUUAUGGAUAAAUAAACACGUUAUAUUGCCAUCGGGGGUGCAGUGUUCUAUAUAUGUACGUCAGAGUGAUAUAUAAUAUUAAAACUUGCCAACGGCAAUUGGA